CCUUGGUGGGGAGGUAGUCGUGGACGAUGGAGCCACCAUCGCUGCGAUCAAUGGUGUGCGCGUACGAGACGACUACCUCAAUCGUGUCGACAGCGUUUCUCAUGCGCACGUCGUUCUCGCGGACACUGAGGAAGUCGUGAAGGAAGCGAGUGAGCUUGUCCCGGAUGCGAUCGCAGGCGCUCUCGUUCAACACGGGCUCGUGGAAGUAGCUGAGGCAAUCGACUCUGGGCGCAUUCACUGCCAGCACAAGGCUCCACUUGGUGAGGCGAUCGGGGUGCUUGAUCACCGGCUUGAGAAUGAGGGGGUCGACUCUGGGUGCUGGCAUCGGAUGGGAGGGCAGUGAAGUGAGAGCAGGUCGAGAAAAAAAAAUCACAGCGGAAAUGGUCAGAUUGCAGAAAUCGAGCAUGUCCAUUGAAGACUACGCCUGGGUCAUUGGCCUCUUGACGGCAGUAACGAUCUAUUUGGUCUACUUCAAGUCCAUCGCCAUCGCAGAGCAUCUGACGCCCCCCACGGUGAAGAUGCUGAGCGUUGCAGCUCCCCAGGGCCAGCAGAUGCUGCAGACGCUCGCCAUCGACGUCACUGGCAUCCCCAUAUCCAUCUUCCAGAUCAGAGCCCAUGUAUACUCCGUCUCCGUCGUUAACACCGAGACUGGACAGAGCUUCCAGCCUGGUUACAUGGAUCCGACCAUGACUCGGCGUCUCUACAGCCUGCCAGCGACCGGCGUCCUCUACGGCACCGGCAAAUUCCAAGUGCACAUCACGACGAGGGCCGUGCAGCUACCCAACGGUACCAAGGUGAUGCUCUAUACCCAGGCAUCCACCCAGACGCCAGCACAGUCAGUCAGCAUCCCCGGAUACAACGGCCUCAGCAGGAGCACACAGGCGUCGACCACAGGCAAUCCCAACGAUACACUAUACAACUACGUCUUCUCGAUCUGAGGCGAGGAAGGGAGGGUCUCAGUCCUAGAGCGGAGUUUAACUCCACCACACGACCGAUGCGUG